GGCCUAGGAGGCUUGCCAUAGCUCUGCUGCAUGAGAGAACAGCCCAGGAGAGCUUGAAUGCAAUGAGAAGCAAGUGACCUUUGCCCUUGCUGCAGGUUCUGGCUCAGGCUCCAGCCCGGCCUGAAACGCGAAUCUUGCAGCUGGAGGCGUCUGUGAAUUGGCUGCAGCCAAGGGAAAACUGCUGCUGACCCUGUUGGCUGCGCCCCGGGAAGCCAUGACAACGGUGCUGCUAGUGCUUGGGCUGCUCCUGGGCCUCUACGCCCUCCUCUAUUACAACUGCAUCAGAGGGGCCAAGUGCCGGGCGCAAAGCAGCCUCCGAGGGAAGACCGUGGUUAUCACAGGGGGAAACACUGGGAUUGGGAAGAUGACAGCCCUGGAUCUGGCCCGGAGAAACGCUCGCGUCAUCCUGGCCUGUCGCAGCAGAGCACGAGGAGAAGCGGCUGUCUAUGACAUCAGGCGGGAGAGCGGGAACAAUGAGGUUCUCUUCAUGAGUCUGGACCUGGCCAGCCUGGACUCAGUGCGAGCAUUUGCAGAGACUUUCCUGAGAUCUGAGCCUCGCCUCGACAUCCUGAUCAACAACGCAGGGGUUGGAGCAGGUGGCAGGAAGAAGGAUGGCUUUAACCUGGUCUUUCAGGUCAACCAUCUUGGUCACUUCCUUCUGACUCACCUCCUCUUAGAGCGGCUGAAGCUCAGUGCACCGAGCCGCGUGGUGAUUGUGGCCUCCAGUGCACAUCAGUCGGGGAAGAUAGACUUUGAGAACCUCCAUAAGCCGGUGGAAGGGGUACUGCAGAACUUCCAGGCUUACUGCAACAGCAAACUGGCCAACAUCUUGUAUGCCCGAGAGCUGGCCAACAAACUGGAGGGAACCGAUGUAACCUGCUAUGCUGUUCACCCAGGAAUCGUUAACACGGAACUAUUCCGCUACAUUCCGAUCUGGCUGUGGCCAUUCUUUGUUCCGAUCUCCUGGCUCUUCUUCCGAGACCCUACUGACGGAGCCCAGACCUCUAUCUACUGUGCUACACAGGAGGGGAUUGAGAUGUUCAGUGGACGGUACUUUGUGGACUGCCGGGUACAAGAUCCCAGGCCCCCGGCCCGUGAUGAUGCUGUUGCCAAGAAGCUGUGGGAAGUCAGUGAGAGGAUGGUGGGUUUGGCUGCUUAGAAUGUGCUAUCCCCUGACCUGGACAGCUAUGUAGGGGCCAUAGACUGGAAUAGCAGUGGCUGCUGUAGGGGUAGGACUAAGGUGCAUUAGGAAACUGAGGGGGCCUCGGACUGACAAGAGAGGCAGAGCUGAACGAGAGGCCUCAGAUACAUUAGAAGUUACAUGGUGGAAGUUCCAUGGCAUCUAGGCUAUGCCAGACUAUCCAACAUGGUAAUAUGAACAACAUUUACCCAUCUUUUUAAGAAGCAGGAAGGUUGAUGAUGUGGGUUCUCAUUUCUCUCACCUCAAGCCCUGUUUCCUACCCAAACACUUUUGAUAGCAUUUUCUAUAAUUGUAUCAGUUAAAACACAAUAAAAAUAACCGUUUUAAAGGUGAAUUAAAACA